UCCCCAACUACCACCACUCCGCGCACGCACGCUUCUUCUUGCCGCCGCGCCGCCACCGCACCAAUCCCCACCACCAACUCCUCCCCCCUCCAAUCGCUAUUUCCCAUCCCGAAUCCAAUCCAUUCGCCCCGAACUCUAUUUGACCCUCUAUUUGACCCGCCGCUUCCUCUCUCGCCGCGCAGAUUUUUUUCCGCGAUUUUUGAGACGUUCCAAUCUGCCCAUUUCUCUGCGCGACGGCGAGCAUGAGCAUGGCGUUCUCGUGCGCGGGCGCGCGCCUCCAUGGCCGAGUCGGCGGGGCCAAAUGCCGCCCCGCUGCCGCCGCUCUGGUCGGGCGGCGGGGCAGCUGCUUCCGCCCGUGCGCGCGGAGGUGGAACCUCGCCAGGGAAGUCCGCGCCGAGCUGCCGCCGCCGCCGCGGGCGAGCGCAGAUGGCGGUGCGUCUUCCGUCUCCUCUGGCGCAGCCGUAUCCGUCCCGGAGGCGGGGAAUGCUACUGAACAAGUGGGCGCGGUUGCUCAGCCGGCUGUGCUUCCGGAGAGGCACGGCGAUGCGGCUGGCCCUGAUGUUGAUGAUGGGUCUGACGGGAAUGGGAAAUUCCCUCCCGGUGGCGGCGGCGGGGACGGGGAGAAUGGCGGCGGCGGCGGCGGGGGUGGCGGAGAUGAGGGGGAGGAUGAGUUCGGUCCCAUCCUGAGCUUCGAGCAGGUGGUGCAGGAGGCGGAGAAGCGCGGGGUUAGCCUGCGCAGCUUGCCCGCGGACAUGGUCGAGGCGGCCAAGAGCGUUGGGAUUCAGAAGCUGCUGGUGCUGAGAUACCUGGACAUGCAGGCGUCGGCUUGGCCUCUUGGUCCCGCCAUUAGGUCCUGCUCGCUUCUCCGGAACAGGAUGCUGGUUGAUCCUGCAUUCCUCUUCAAAAUUGGGACUGAGAUAGUUAUUGAUACAUGUUGUGCGACAUUUGCGGAGGUUCAGAAGAGAGGGGAGGAGUUUUGGUCAGAGUUCGAGUUGUAUGCAGCAGAUAUGCUAGUAGGUGUAGUUGUCAAUGUUGCUUUAGUCGGUAUGUUAGCACCGUAUGCUCGAUUCGGUGGCAGAUCUGCAUCAGAAGGUCUUCUUGGGCGUGUCAGGCAUGCUUAUGAUGCUCUCCCAAGCAGUGUUUUUGAAGCCGAAAGGCCAGGAUACAGGUUUUCUGUUCAACAACGGAUAGGAACAUACUUUUUUAAGGGGAUCUUAUAUGGUUCAGUUGGAUUCUUCUGUGGUCUUGUGGGACAAGGGAUUGCUAACUUGAUAAUGACCGCCAAAAGGAGUGUUAAAAAGUCAGAAGAUGAUGUACCUGUUCCACCUCUUCUGAAAACUUCUGCUUUGUGGGGUGCAUUCCUUGCUGUUUCUUCCAACACACGCUAUCAGAUUAUUAAUGGACUAGAGAGAUUGGUUGAGGCUUCACCUGUUGCCAAGCGUGUCCCAGCUGCUUCUUUGGCAUUCACUGUUGGCGUGCGCUUUGCCAAUAACGUGUAUGGAGGAAUGCAGUUCGUUGACUGGGCGAGAUCGAGUGGAUGCCAAUGAGGUGCAAGUUAUCAUAUUUUCUUGUCACCACUCACAGUGAUGAGUUUACGUCGUCUGCUGUUUGCUGCACCACCCAAAUUCGUCGAAUUUUCGUCAUCUCAAUUUAAAGAAUGAAGACAUGAUGUCAAUAAUUGCUUUGGGACAGGAAACCUCAAAAAUAAAUGUGAGGUUCCUCACAGAGCUGCUGAGAUUUGAGUGAAGUCUUGAUAUGUUCUGUUUACACCGAUCAUGUUGAGAUUGUGAAGAAUCAGCAUUAUAAGUGUUUGUGCAUGUAAGAUCAAGAAGUGAUUGAAUUGUUCUUUCUUCGCGAGCCCUAGCUUCCUGUAGAAGAUAUCGCCAUCUUGCCUUGAAUAGUUGAAUCUGUCAACUAUAUUGGAUUGAAAA